UUUACGGGGACGACGAUCAAUGAUGUAUGUACGUCAACAUGAUUCAAUCCUGAAGUCUUGGACACCGUAACGCCACCUAAGACAUUCUACCUAGUAGGAGUAAGAUACUACUCCAUAUUUGUCAGUAUGCACAAACUGAAGUUCACCAUAGCUGAACACAUGCAUGCAGUAAUAUAAACUCUUAACAGUCCAACCCAUGCAUAAAAAGCUAGCUAUAGCCAGCCCUGAAAAAACUACUACAUAAUAUAAAACAGACUAUAAAAGUAGGUCGAAUCCAACUAUACACCUGCAAUGAUGGGAAUAAAUGUUACUGCUGCAGAUAGUUGUGCUGAAAUUGGAGCACACUAUUUUCUUACAAGCCCCAUGACUCGAGAUCAUGAGCUACCCCAGGGCAGACAGACAUUAACUCGUGCUAAUACUGAUCAAAAGCCAAAAAAGGUUAAAUUAUCGACAGUUUCUUUAAAAAAAUAUUACUCCCCCCGUCCGUCCACUUUGUUAAGAAACAAGGCAAAAGAAAAGCAAGUAAGUUUGUAAUCUUGUCAUUUGGCUAAUUUAAAUAAUAGACUGUGAGAGCACUGAGAGGAGACAUGUGAGGAUCAUGUACUAUAAAUAAAUGGUAUGGGGCAAACUCGAAGAGACAGAGUGAAAAAGAAAUUGGGAUAAUCUUUUAGGGACGGAGGGAGUAUUGUUUUUUAGGUUAAAUGUUUCUUCAGGAUACGCGAUUAGAUUUGAUAUGGCCCACAUAUAUCAAUUUUAAUGUGAACUUUCUUGCUAUAUAAUAAGCAUACCAAAUUUCAACUUGACUCCCCUUACGGUAGCAAGUUUGCAGGCUAACCGCCAUCAUAUUAUUUUCCAAGUUUCUAUUAUACAUUAUUCGCCUCUCUAUUAUAUAUUCGGCAUAAGAUAAGGUCACAAGGAUAUAUUUAUUUAUUAUAAUAUAUAAAAACAAACAAAUUAAUUCCACAAUCAACAACUUUGUGAUAAUGUAAAAGUGAAUGCUUUAUGCAGAGGGAGCAUUUAUCAUCUUAAAAUUCAAUUAUUUUCGAGAUAUAAUAAAAUAUUCAAUUUUUUUUAUCAAGAGAUAAAAUAAAAUAUUUACAACUUGUACAUUUUUAAAAUUUUGAUUGGUUUUUCUUUAUAUAUACCAAUUUCUUUACUUAAUGAAUACUGUUCCAAAACAUCAAUUUUAUUUUUUUUAAAAUUCUCUCUUUUUAUCACUAUUAUCUUUUUGUUCUUCCUCUUCACUCAGAGUCUCUGAUACAAACUCUCAGUCUACACUCUCUUCUCUUUAACCUUCCCCAUUCCCUGCCCUUCUCUUCACUCCUCACCUUUCUCCAAUCACUCGAUUGCGCGCAUCCCUAGAUAUAGGGAAAACUUAGCCCUUUAUCGCUUAGCCUACUUCUAGGGUAUUAAAAGAUGGACAUUGACCUAUUAAAGUCUACAUCAGAUGAGCAAAUCGAGAUGAUGUUGAUGACGAUGCACAUGGGCAAGGCUACCGCCUCCGGUAACAGCGGAGGCGGUAGUCCGCCCUACGCCGACACGAGUGCAAUGAUGUCGUUUAAUGGGGUGCCUCAACAUUUUAACUCACCAACAUUCUUCAAUACUCCACAAACUACUAUAUCCUUUACCACCAACAACAACAGCAACAACAAUAACAGUAACAAUAAUAGUGUACCUAAUUUGUUACCUUCAUAUAGGGAUGAAAAUGGAGCUUCCAUUCCACAGAAGCAAACAUCAAUGGCAGCAAUGAGAGAGAUGAUAUUCAGGAUAGCAGCAAUGCAACCCAUCUACAUCGACCCGGAAGCAGUGAAGCCACCGAAGAGGCGGAACGUUAGGAUUUCCAAGGACCCGCAGAGUGUUGCAGCCCGCCAUAGGAGAGAGAGGAUCAGUGAGAAGAUAAGGAUCCUGCAAAGACUUGUCCCAGGAGGUACAAAGAUGGAUACUGCUUCCAUGUUAGAUGAAGCUAUCCACUAUGUUAAAUUCUUGAAGGGUCAGGUGCAGUCCCUCGAAAGAGUCGCUAUCAACAACCACCACCACCGCCCUGGUGGUGGAGGUCAACCACAACCACCGGUAUCAGCAACCGGGAUUGGUUUUCCUGUGCCCGUGUCCGGUGGCGGUGGUGGUGGAUAUUCUUAUCAUCCACUGCAUAUGAAUGCUGCACCACACAAUGUCCAACAGUUUUCAGAUUCAGAUGCAUGAACUUGACAUUGAAUAAAAAUAGGUGAUAUGAUGACCAUUAUGCCUUUUUCAUUCAUUAGUACAUUUAUAUCAAGUUCACAAUAUAGGUUGCUUAUUUCGAAUAAUACUUGAAUAGAUUUAUGCAUUCAUAGAGAAUGCAAUGUAUGCACCCAAAUUAGAUAAUUUGGUUUCUUACCACAGUGUAUAAUCCAUCUCAUGCAUCCAACUACUAAAUAAUAUUUGCCAAAUUGUUUAAUUGAAGGCUAUAUACAGUCGAGGGCAUAAUGAUCAACAUGUAUAACAUGUGACAACAGUGGACAACAUGAACAUGCAUUCUAUACUUCAUAUAUUAGUUCUACAGUUCAGUCUAUAUUGUAUACUUCAUAUUCAAGGAUGAUUAGGGUACAAAAUUCUGAGUUAGAGACCAAACAUCUACCAACGAGGUCUGACGCUUUGUUCUCUUCCCUUUAUUCAUAUUGCUUAUUAGACCAGACCAGACCAGAAACUAAAAAAACCAAACCACAUCAAGCGAAGAGAACAACACCUUCUCUUUGGCCCUUGCUUUGUUAUUGUAAUGCCCUUAUAGCUUAUUUCAGACCCAAAAAGGUUAGACCAAAACAUCCAUGAUACAAGCUCAUACAGACCAAAUCACCAGACCACAGCGUCCAUGCAUGGUAGAAACUUCCUCAUUUUAUUCAAUGUUUGAAACUCCUCUACACGGAUCAGAGGCGUAAACCGUAUCACGGGUACAACCAAGACUAUUUUUAGUCACACGACUCAUAAUAUACAAAGCUAGCACAUAGAAAAGGAAAUAGCCUAAUUAGUUGUACCAUGCUCAAUUGUUCAUUGUACAAUUGGUGUACCUAAAACAUUACCCCUUAAAUGAGCAAAACUUUGGUUUUUUUUGACAUAUUAAAACUUGCAUAACUAAGAGUUCUACAAACUAAAUACAAACUAUUAAACCACUAACGUCUUUAGAGACCAUUACACAUAUUGACACAC